AUGACAGCCGGCAAGAAACUCAAGGUCAUCAUCGUUGGCGCCGGCUUCGGCGGGCUUGGAGCCGCAAUCGAAUGUGCACACCGCGGCAUGGAUGUCACGGUGUUAGAGAAGUACCCCGACUCUAAUAGCCAAGGGGAUAUUCUUGACUUCUUCCCCAAUGCUGGCCGGAUCAUCAAUCGCUGGGAUGGGGGCAAGGUUGGCCAGCAAAUUCACGACACAGGUUGUAGCCAAAUCCGCACCAUGGAGCUAUACAAGUACGAUAGCAAGUUCAUCGUUGAUGUUCCGUGGGCAAGGGAUGGAAAAGAACACAACAUCACUUAUGCAGGCCACCGAGGCAAGAUUCACUCGAUCUUCCUUGCUUAUGCGAAGACCCGUGUCCAGGACAUUAGGAUCGGCGUCUCAGUCACGGACUACCUUGAAGAAGAAGGCCAAGCAGGUGUGAAGCUAAGCACUGGCGAGACUAUCUGGGCCGACUGUGUCAUCGCCGCAGACGGCCCACGAUCCAUCGCUCGAGCUCAGGUUUUGCAUCUGGACGACAAGAAGAUCGAUGAGACCACGAGCGGCUGGUCUGUGUUCAGAAGCUUCUUCAAGACGGAUGAGACGAUGAGAAAUCACCCAGGUAUCAAGGAUCUCUUCCAUGAGGAUAGAGACACCGUUCGGUUUUGGAUGUAUGACAACUUGAGCUUAAUGGCCUUUGUUUGGAAUCAAGGUCAAGAUAUUGCCUGGGUUUUGGUUCAUCCCGACGACAAAGAAUCAUCUGAGUCUUGGUCCAAUAUCGCCGAAAGAGAACAUGUAGCAAAGUGGAUGAGUUUCUUUCCAGGAAGAGACGCACAGGCGCUCCUUGACGUUACACCUCCGAACAAGACUAUUGAUUUCAAGCUAGUCUAUCGGCCAACGAUAGAUACUUGGGUCAGCAAAGGUGGCCGCACGAUUCUUAUCGGAGAUGCUUCUCAUGCCAAUCUGCCGACAGCCGGACAAGGCGCUUCUCAAGCACUCGAAGAUGCCGUGACGGUUGCUGAGUGUUUGCAGGCAUCCAACGGAGACGUCAAACUAGCACUUGAAGCGGCACAACGAAUCCGGUACCAUCGGUCCAAUGCAGUGCACAAGAGCGGACAGCAGAAUAGAGAUGCAUUCUACAAGAUUCCCUGGGAUGACAUCGAGGCGGCCCCGGAAGAGUGGGCUAAGAAGCGGUUCCCCAAGCUGAAGCCCUGGGACCCUUUGGAGUUUGCUAAAGAGCAGUUUCCCAAGGUCGCUAAGGACAUCAAGAACGGCGUUACGGGACAUCUUAACGAUGUAGCUGUGCCUCCGCCCCCCGGUGGCUACUGGUGA